UUGGAAACUCAUGGUCUUUCCACUUCUGAUAUUUCACAAGAUAGCUUUCCUACCAAAAGUUCUAUGGAAAUUCCGGUAUUUAGUGUUCCUGAAACGAAGAAAGAAGAAAUCGAACCGGAAAAAGAAAUACUGAAAAAAAUAGAAUCGGUUCCUUCAACAUCUAAAAAUUCAGAGAUUAUUGACAUUCCUGAACCUAUCCUAAAAAAAUAUAACUUAUCCACCGAAUCUAAUCCAUCUCAAUUAUGUGUCUAUGCUAGUGAACUUGGCGCUAUGUUACCAGAUUGGAAAGCUCGUAAAAAUGUGAAAGAAGCUCUUCGUCGACGUCAAUUUAAAGAAGAACAGAUCAAGGCUCUUGUACCGGAUAAAAGGAAUGAAAAACUUACUAUUAGGGAAAGAGUUCAAUAUUGCGCUAAAAGUGGUGAUCCAUAUGAUAUUUACUUACAUGCUUUAGAUUUAGUCAAGACAAAAAAUGAUAGUGAUGAAGAAAUUGUUGCAUCCAGCUCACGUAUUUCGCUUUUCCGUAAGGAAUUGAAAGAAUCUGGAGUUGAUUCUAAAGUAAUUGAUAUAUAUGCUAAAUUUCCAGCACUUACUCAAGAUUCUAACGAAAUUCAGAAGAAGCAACUUGUCGCAGAAGAGGGUAGUAGUAAGUCUUCUUAUGCACCCGAUUUACGAAGAAAAAUAGAUGGUAUUGAGGCUUCUAACCUUUUGUGGUGGGAUCCACUUGGGAGCCGUGUACUCAGUAACGAAUCGGAUUUGGUGAGGUCUUUGUCGGAUGAAGAAUACAAAUCUUUCAUGGAGCCUGUAAGGCGUAUGGGGGUGGCCAUCCCUUCUAUCAUAAAAGAGAUGUGUGUUAAUUUCGUGGAAAACUUCAGCUAUGAUAGUGCCGAGGUUUCGCUUUUCAAACUUGCACACGAUAUGAAUUGGAAGGAAAAUGUUGAUACACUCCAGGGAGUUACUAAGAGAAUUUUUAACACAUUGUAA